AAAGGAUAAAUAAAUAAAUAACCAAAAAACAUUCACCAUUUAGGUCUCUCCCUCUCUCGUCUCCCCUCUCGUCCGACGAAGAAGAUCGCUGAGAGAUUACUACCGCCGGAUUUCCGUUUACCGCGAGAUUCUCUUUGGAUACGUUGGAGAUCGAUCUACAACCAUGAAUCCCGAAUAUGACUAUCUGUUCAAGCUUUUGCUUAUUGGUGACUCUGGUGUUGGCAAAUCUUGCUUGCUUCUAAGGUUUGCUGAUGAUUCUUACCUGGAUAGCUACAUCAGUACCAUUGGUGUUGACUUUAAAAUCCGCACAGUUGAACAAGACGGAAAGACAAUCAAACUCCAGAUCUGGGACACAGCAGGCCAAGAACGUUUCAGGACUAUCACCAGUAGCUACUACAGAGGAGCUCAUGGGAUCAUUGUCACCUAUGACGUCACGGACCAAGAGAGCUUCAACAACGUCAAACAAUGGCUGAAUGAAAUCGACCGUUACGCCAGUGAGAAUGUGAACAAGCUACUGGUUGGGAACAAAAACGAUCUCACAUCGCAGAAGGUUGUAUCCACUGAAACAGCUCAGGCUUUUGCAGAUGAACUUGGGAUCCCUUUCUUGGAAACAAGUGCCAAAAAUGCAACCAAUGUUGAAGAAGCUUUCAUGGCCAUGACUGCUGCUAUUAAGACCAGAAUGGCUAGCCAACCAGCUGGAGGUGCCAAGCCACCGACGGUCAAUAUUCGCGGACAGCCAGUGAACCAGCAAUCAGGCUGUUGCUCAUCUUGAUUCUAUUAGUCUCAAGAAGUCUAUUUGGAUCAUAACACACCAUUAUAAUCAUUUGUUUGCAUUGCAUGUAAGACUUCUCCAAUUGACAACUUUCUUUUCCUUCCGUUUUAUAGCUUUUCUCUUCUUUUUCUGAUGUAUUUCGAAGUUUGAAACCCAUAAAUUCUAUAGUGAAAGACCAUUUAUGCAAAUAAAGCAGACAAACCUUUUCUAAA